UGUCGCGCCAUCUUGGACACUACGGGAAACAUUGCAUUAAAACGCGAUAUGUAACCUCGAUGUAAAAGUCGAGAUUCUGGGAUAAGUGCAGUGAAAAAUGAUGCCGGAACUCUUCGAAAAUCUGCACAGCUUUAUUGGGAUCGACUUGCGGAGAGAAGGAGCGUUAUACGGGAGUUUGGUGGCUUGCCAGGCGUUGCUGAACAGGUUUCGACGAGUUCCCUCCUUAUCUUCGUAUGUUGGACGGACAAACCUGUUGAAGCAGUGUUUCAGUGCGCAGUGGCAGGUGUACACUCAGGUCGAGUUCUCGGUCCCGGAAGCUCUGUCUUAUCAGCAGUGCAUGUGAUGGUGUCGGUAGCCAGGAGCGAGACGGCGCUAUUGUACCGCUGCCUGGGGCCGAGUGACGGAUGACAGCGCCUUCUCUCUGGAGGAAAUGGGGAGGCCAGAAGUGUGAGCCUGAGACCAGACACGCUACUGCCCGUGUUGUUGCCAUCCAGGAAGGUUCUGCCAAACUUGGAGGCCAUGAGAGGAGGAAGUGACCAGUCUGGAUCCCCUGCCCUUUGCCCUCCCUCGGGUCCCAUAAAUAAGCCCGCUGUAAUUCCCUUCCAGACGGCCUUGCCCUAGCAGGUUUAUCUAAAAUACCAUUGGGGUGUACCUUGAAGCCAAUAUUGCCAGUGAACACACCUGUUGGGGCCUCCUCACUCAUCUGGUGUAUGCAUUGACCUGAUCGACAACCUGACAGUUUUUCGACAUGUAAAAAUGCCCUGUUGUGGAACAUGGCUCUGCUCCACCUGCAAGAAUUGUGGAAAGUUGUUACAUGGCUUUCCCCACAACCCGAGAAGAAGACAAGUAUGGGAAGAGAAGGUUCGCCAUCACCACUGGAGAGCCGCCGUUUACAGCGUCUUGUGCCAGGUUCCCCAAGCGACACCUGUUGCUGUCUUUAAACUGAGCCAGGAUUUCAAUAAUGACCAGUUCCCACACAAAGUCAACCUCGGAGUUGGGGCCUACCGCACGGAUGAAGGCAAGCCGUGGGUUCUACCGGUGGUGAAAAAGGUGGAGAAGAUCAUCGCCGCCGACGACAAGCUCAACCACGAGUACCUGCCCAUCCUCGGCUUGCCCGAGUUCAGAGCCUCGGCUUCCAAGAUCGCACUCGGAGAUGGCAGCCCUGCCAUCCUGGAGGACCGGGUUGGCGCCGUUCAGUGUCUUGGCGGCACUGGUGCCCUGAAGAUGGGGGCAGAGUUUCUAAGACGUUUCUACAACGGAAGCAACAACACAAAGACGCCCGUCUAUGUGUCUGCACCUACCUGGGAAAAUCACAAUGGCGUCUUCUCCAACGCCGGCUUUGAGGAUGUCCGUCCAUACAAGUACUGGGAUGCGCAGAAGAGGGGCCUCGAUCUGUCUGGUUUCCUUGGCGACCUGGAGAGCUGCCCAGAACGCUCCAUCUUUCUCUUGCAUGCUUGUGCUCACAAUCCAACUGGCACAGACCCCACACAGGAGCAGUGGAAGCAGAUUGCUGAAGUGAUGAUGAGAAGAAAGCUGUUUGUCUUUUUCGACUCGGCUUAUCAAGGAUUCGCCUCGGGCAGCCUGGAUAAAGACGCCUGGGCGGUGCGUUUUUUUGUUUCCAAGGGCUUUGAAAUGUUCUGCGCACAGUCGUUCUCCAAGAACUUUGGCCUUUACAACGAGCGUGUUGGCAACCUGACCGUGGUGGCUCGUGAUGCCGACAACCUGAAGAGAGUUCUGUCCCAAAUGGAGAAGAUUGUGCGGACGACCUGGUCCAACCCGCCCUCUCAGGGCGCUCGCGUUGUGGCCGUCACCCUCAACUCACCCGAGCUCUUUACCGAAUGGAAGGAAAAUGUGAAGACGAUGGCUGACAGGGUGUUGCUGAUGAGGGCUCAGCUGAAGGCCAAGCUCCAGGCCCUGGGUACACCCGGAACAUGGCACCACAUAACAGAGCAAAUUGGCAUGUUCAGCUUCACCGGCCUCAACCCCAAGCAAGUGGAAUAUUUGGUGAAGGAGAAACACAUCUAUCUAAUGGCCAGCGGUCGCAUCAACAUGUGCGGUUUGACCAGUAGGAACAUCAACUACGUGGCCGAGUCCAUCCACGAGGCUGUCACUAAGGUCCAGUAAAUGACGCACUUCUCCACAGCAUAGUCACCUUAUCUUAAUUAUUUAGGAGAAUAUCUUCCCUAAGUGGGUUCAGAGUGGGCAUUUAAAUGUGUUUUAAUUGCAUUACAAUCAUUUAUUCAUUAUGUACAAGCAAUAUUUAAUGAAUACAUGACAAAUAUUUGGUGCCAAUCCAGACUUAAAGGGUUGUAGGCUUAACUGUAUUUUAUAAUAAAUGUAAUGAAAAAAGCAAUUGAUGCUGCAUUAAAGGCAACUUGAAACAUGUCAUAUUGACCAUUAAAUCAAGCGAGAAUAAGAUUUAAAUAGCCACUUAUCCUAGUAGUUGUGUCGCCUCCUGCUGGCCAGUAUUAAAAUAUGAGCACGUUGCUCCACUGUGUAUAUCUGUCUUUAAAAGGAAAUAAAAUGUGAAAAGUCUCCUUAGAAAAAGCUAUUUUAUCCACACUUGAAACAUCUUAUUUAAUAAUAUGUCUUAAUGUGCACAAUAAUUCAUGGCCAUUUCUAAUAAAAAUACAU